CUAAUCUAUGUUUAUACACAGUUCGUGGUGGCUCGUUGCCGAGUUAGAUUCGUGUAUGGUCUUCUCGAGGUGCAUGACGUAACGAAGUCGUUGCCUGGCGCAGUAUUUCUUAGUGGCCAUUUUGUUUUCGACCGCACUGGCUGAUUAAGGUGUGUCCGUGUGCGUCCGUUCAUCAGUACGGCCCAGUGCAGCGCAAUGGACUCAAAGCGGUACGAACGCAGCGGCAGGUCGAAUACCGAAUCGCCACCCGCUCCGCCCUCGCCCCCCAUGUAUAGCACAGGUUACAGUACAUCACAACAGCACGAUAGCCACAAGAGCAGAGGCAGCUCGCGGCGUACGCCCUCGCCCGGCACGGACAGUUACGCCCACCGAAGCAGUAGAUCCUCACGGAACGAUUCACCGUCUCAGGAGCGACGUAGGCAACGUCGUCGCAGCGGCUCCAAAUCAUCCCCAGCGCGCUCUCACAGACGCUCGCGUUCAUGUGACAAGGACCGGGAACGGGAUCGUGAUCGCGAUAGAGAGAGAUCGCGCAAGUACUCGAGAAGAGAUAGAUCACGAUCGAGGUCGCGCGGUAGAUCCCGUUCGAGGGAUAGGAGACGUAGCCGCAGCCGUAACCGUAGCAGAGAUCGGCAUAGGUAUAGAGAAAGCCGCAGACAUCACACCAGGGCGCCCUCGUAUGAGUCGGAUGCGUUAGAGGAUCACGGCGAGGGCGCGAGCGCGGGCGCGGCAAUGCAUCAGACGGCGAUGAUCGUCCCACAACCAAACGCCUUCAAGAAUGACGGUAGUUUUAUGGAAAUGUUCAAGAAAAUGCAAGAGCAAAUGCAGCCAACCGCGCAGAAAGCCACCACCUCGGUAUUGGAAGAGAAGUCCGUAGUGCCGCCGCCGUUGAUGGUCGGCAAGAGGAGAGGCGGCAGAAUCCUAAAGACUGGCAUGGUGGCAAAGCCGAAGGCGGAACAGACAGUGGAACAGCCGAAGGACGCGUGGUCGUUAUACAUGGCAGAGGUGAAGAAGUAUCGCGAAGUCUGCUGCCAGGAAGAAGACAAUACGCGACCGUUGGUCAAAUAGUCCCGCGAACGUCCCGUGUAAUGUUUUCUUUAUGCACUUCGGCUCGUUACUUUUUCUUCUACUAUUUCUUCUUCUUCUUCUUCUAAGAUAUAGCUAAUUAUUGUUAAUUAUUAAGAUAUCGUAUAAGGGACUGCUACUCCCAGAGGCACCUUUCGUUCGUUUCGUUUCGCCGCGAGCCCUCGUGUUUACUCUUGUAAGAUACAAUGAGAUUGCUCUGUAACGAUUCGAACGAGAGAAAGAGAGAGAUAUAUAUAUAGACAGCGAAAGAGAGAGAGAGACAUAUAGACAGUAAGAGAAAAAGAGAGAUACACAACGAAAAGGGAAAAAGUGCCGGGAGAAGCGAAUUCAUUUUGUGAUAUAGUGUCGUGUGUGUUUUGAGAGAUGAAAGAACGAGAGCGAGAAAUGAAUUUAUCUUUGCGAACGUAUCCUGAAGGAGAUAUAGGUGAAAGUAGAGAGAAAGGGUUAGACGCGACGCGAGAAUUUGCGCUAAGAUUUAGAUAAUAAGUAAUUUAUCACUU